UGAUAAAUGAUUUAUAAUGUCAGUACUCCAAACAGAACAUAAUACGUUUGGCCUGAUCAACAGUGUAGAUAUAAGAGUAGUUGUAAACAGACAGUAGCGUUCUGCACUACCUGCGUUAAAGCGAUGUUAACAUUUGUAAAUAAAAUUAUAUUCUGAAUAUAACCUUCAAGUGAAAGUGGUUUAUUUUACCGUGCCAAGAGAGAGAAAUAUAAAUAUGGAAGAGCCAUUUGGCAGAAAUAAUGACAAGAGUAAAGUUUCGUUAAAUAAGAGAUGCUGCUAUUUUCUGGUGUUUUGUGUUAUUGUGUUACCUAUUGUAACCGGUGUCGUGGUCUGGUACCUAACUGACUCGGCGUGUGACCCGUCUUCGGAUGGUGACAAUCAACCUGUGAGUGGUACAAAAUCUACGGAAUCUGUUCCAACAACAACAAAAUCACCAACAAGCAUCAGUGAGUCAGAACCAUGGAAGAAUCUUCGUCUACCAGCUACUGUAGUUCCAGUACACUAUGACAUUACCCUGUAUCCAAAUUUCUAUGGAGAUAACGGAUGGUUCUAUGGUAAUGAGACAGUUGAACUAAACAUCACGGAGUCUACAACACAUAUUCUUAUACAUGCUAACUUUCUGAACAUAACAAGAACAAAGCUUAGUUACUUGAAUGGACAAGAUGUUCCUAUCAAACAAACAUUCUGGUACGCAGAAAAUCAGUUCUGGGUGGUGGAGACCGUGACAUCAGUGCAGAUUUCCCGUGCAUUGCUAAAACUGCAGUUUGACGGAUCAUUGACCAGAGAAAUAUUUGGAUUCUAUAAAAGUACAUAUAUCAAUUCUGAGACUAAACAAGAAAGACAUUUGGCAUCAUCCAAGUUCCAGCCAGUAGAUGCACGACGAGCAUUCCCUUGUUUUGACGAGCCUAACAUCAAAGCCGAGUACACCGUAACCCUUGUACACAGAGAUAGUUAUAUAGCUCUAUCAAAUAUGCCUGAAACGAUUUCGGAGUCCUGGGAACACGAUCCUACGUUAAAAGCGACACAUUUUCAGCGUUCUGUUCCCAUGUCAACAUACCUCGUGUGUUUUGUCGUCUGCGAUUUCAAAAAUCUCACAGAUACAACAAAACAUGGAACUCAGAUUCGUGUAUUUGCAACACCAGACCGUAUUGAACAAGCCCGAUACUCCAUGCGUGUGAUGAAAGUAUCCAUGGAAAAGUUCCAAGAUCUUUUCAAGGUGCCAUUUCCACUGCCUAAAAACGGUACAAUGUUCAUUUUCAUUUGUUCGCUGUAUUAAUUAUUCAUUUACGAA